AAUCUUCCACGGAGUUUUUCUCCGGACAAGAGGAUCCGGGAGAAAGUAACCAACCAUCUGGGACACCGUCGGAUCUCAUCAGCCAACCCGUAAUGUUUGGAUGUUCUUGUCAGAGCUCCGGACCACUUGUUUGAACUCCGAGGAUCCGAGGACCAGCGGCAGGUGCAUGUGGAUGCCGAUAAAACCGUUUCACGCGGCUGUGAGCGUCGGUGGGUCGAUAAACUACUACUAACCGAGCAAGAGGAGCUUAAACGACUUCGUGGUGGAUGGAAGAAGUGUAAAAAAAAAAUGCUUUUCACGGCUCUCCCUGGUCGAGAAUAGCAUGUUUAUAAUCCCCAGGAAAAAAAACACGUCCCUGUCCCGUUUCCCUCCGCACGCAAACAUGGAGAAAGUGACCGUCGAGCUUUAUUUACCUCGACAACAAUUUCGGGUUUCGCGUUUGCUGUAAACUUUGUCCGUUUGAAGAUAUUAACUCGGCAGACCCAUGGUUGAAGACUAGGAAGGUUUUUUUUCAGGUUAUUAUCACUGGAGCAGAAGAAGAGGUAAAUGGAGAAGAACAAAACCCAAGCGACCAACGGGAGCCGCUCCCCCGACGGCAGAGCUAAAGACAGAGUGAACAGUGUGGAUCCGUACGGCUUCGAGCGCUCGGAGGACUUUGAUUAUGAGUCGUAUGAAGAUCUCAUGUCUGAGUAUCUGGUUGUGCUCACGCGAAGAUCCAUCAAAUGGUCCAAACUACUGAAGGGAAAAAGCAAGGUGCAGAAGAAUGUAAAAUUAAAGCGCUAUGUACGUAAGGGGAUUCCCAAUGAGCACCGGACUCUGAUCUGGAUGGCAGCCAGUGGGGCCCAAGACCAGCUGGAGAAGAACCCGGGAUACUACCAGUCCCUGCUGGGAGCCCAGCACGACCCGAAACUGGUGGAGACCAUCAACACAGACUUGAACCGGACGUUUCCAGACAACGUCUUGUUCCGCAAGACAUCCAGCCCAUGUCUGCAGAAGCCUUUGUACAAUGUGCUGCUGGCCUACGGUCACCACAAUCCCACUGUGGGCUACUGUCAGGGGAUGAACUUCGUGGCCGGGUAUCUACUGAUCGUCACAAAAGAUGAAGAGAAAUCCUUCUGGCUGAUGGACGCUCUGCUUGGUAGAAUCCUACCAGACUACUACAGUCCAGCUAUGAUGGGGCUGAAGACAGACCAGGAGGUGUUGGGGGAGCUGGUGAAGCUUAAAGUGCCCCCAGUCUGGCAGCUCAUGAUGGAUCACAACGUCAUGUGGACCCUGGUGGUGUCUCGGUGGUUCAUCUGUCUCUACAUAGACGUCCUGCCCGUAGAGACAGUUCUGCGGAUUUGGGAUUGCCUGUUCUACGAGGGCUCAAAAAUCCUGUUCCGCGUCGCUUUGACUCUGAUCCACCACAACCAGGCUCUGAUUCAAGAGGCCGGUUCGCUGCCAGACAUCUGCCAGGCCUUCAAGAAGAUCACGCACGGACGAUUCGUCGAUGAGUGUCACACAUUCAUGCAGAAAAUCUUCACUGAGCCCGGAAGCCUCUCCAUGGCAACCUUGAAUAAGCUGCGGGAGACGUGCCGAUCCCGAAUCAUCGCGGAGGAAUCCUGACUUCACUUCCUGUUUCUCCGAACCUCUUCACACAUUCCAGUGGGACUGACACCCGGCAGAUUCUUUGCACCUCUUUUUUUUUUUUUUUUUAAACCAAGUCACAGCGACUACACCAGACUAUAGUCUUAAACAUUUGAGACAAUCAUACAGUGCAACAAAUGUGAACAUGUGAGGAUGUUUUUAGUUAUGUGCGGUAUGAACUGAUGAUUCCAUGUGAAAUUAACAUGUAGUUUGUCUUAAAUGAUUAUUUCCUUCUGUUAAAAUGUGGAAUUGUGCACUUUAGUCCGGGAAGUCUGAGCUACUAAGGCGGUAACGACAUGUCGCACACUGUAAACACAGCCAAGAGGAACCGGUCGACUGCAUUUCACACGAAUAUUAUGAAGGCUAAUUAUUCUUUUAGUUGACUGACGAUAUUUAAUGCUGGAACAACAUUGUUGUGGUGAUCAAAUGUGAAUUAUAUUGGUUUAAUUAACAUGUAGUUAAUGGUUAUAAGUCAAGUGCACUAUGGUAAAGCAAUAUAAACGACUGAAAGGGCUGCACUCUUUCUAACAA